UAAGUGCAAACGUAAAUAAACAGGAGUCGGCAGUAUGUUAUGAAUUUUAAAUACUUACCUAAGUUUUAAUAUUAAUUUAUUCUAAAUUCUAGUUCUUUUAAUUUGCCAUGAACAUUCGCUAGUCGGUGAUGGAUGUGGAUGAUCCGAGACUGCCGCUCUUGGGCACGAGUCCCAGACGCGGCACGCUGCGCCGCGCGGCGUCGCGGCUGUGUAGCGUCGAGUCGUGGCGGCGGCGGCUGCCCAUCACGAUAUGGCUGCCGCAGUACAACGUGGAUCGACUGUUCAGGGACGCUAUAGCAGGUUUUACUGUUGGCCUGACAUCGAUACCUCAGGGUAUUGCGUAUGCCAUUGUAGCUGGUCUACCGCCACAGGUAGGUCUAUACUCCAGUGUGUUCCCCGGCCUAGUCUACGUGUUUCUGGGCAGCUGUAAGGAUGUCACAGUGGGGCCAACGGCGAUCCUUGCAGCACUCCUGGCGAAGUACGUGGCUAUAUCCCCCGAUUUCGCCUAUCUGGGUUCGUUCCUGACUGGCUGCGUGAUUAUGUUGUUGGGGAUAUGUCAGCUAGGUUUUCUCUUAGAUUUCAUAUCUAAGCCUGUGAUAAGCGGUUUCACGACAGCGGCAGCGCUACAGAUAUCCGCUUCUCAGCUCAAGUCCCUAUUCAGAACAACUGGCUCCUCUGGCGGUACAUUCAUAUCGGCAUUUGUGAGCUUCAUCCAGAAUAUAAAAACUGUCCAACUGUGGGACACUCUACUCGGUUUGUCUUCUAUAGCGGCGCUCUAUAUCAUUAAGGCUAUAUCAAUCACUCCGUCUCCGAGCGAUGGCCCGUGGCGGUCGACGCUGGCUACAGCAUGUCUGUAUAUGGGGCGCGCGCGAAACGCGUUAGUCGUGUUAGCGGGAUCAACUCUAGCUUUCCUGUUGUAUCGCGAAGGAGAGACGCCUUUUGCGCUUACCGGCACGAUCCAUAGUGGUCUACCCAACUUCGGUCCUCCCCCGUUCUCCACAGUUGUCGGCAACACAACUCUCAACUUCGGCGACAUGCUGGCGACGUACGGGCCGCAGGGACUGGUGCUGCCCCUCGUCGCGAUACUAGAGAGCAUCGCUAUUGCUAAGGCCUUCGCGGGCAGCUCAGCGGUGGACUGCACGCAGGAGAUGAUAGCGGUGGGAGCUUGCAACAUGGUGGCGUCGUUCGCGCAGGCCAUGCCCGCCACCGGCAGCUUCACGCGCACCGCGCUCAACAACGCCUGUGGUGUCACCAGCCCCGCCGGCAGCUUCUUCAAAGCGAGCGUGGUCCUGCUCGCCGUGACGCUGCUGGCCGAGGCGUUCUACUUCAUCCCGCGCGCGUCGCUGGCUGCCGUCAUCAUGGUGGCGAUGGCCUCGCUCAUAGACCUGGUGGUCGUGCGCACGCUGUGGAGGCAUAGCAAGACGGAGCUGCUAGUAUGGAUCCUAACAGUGCUAGUCGGUGCCGGUGUGGGACUAGAGUACGGCAUUGCGGCCGGCGUCGCGGCGGACGCGGUGCGGAUACUAGCCGGCGCCGCGCGGCCGCACAUCACAGUCAAACAGUUCAAAGUGGGGUCACGUGAGUGUUCCAUGGUGACGCUAGAGGGAGCGCUGCGGUCGGCGGGCGCGGCGCGUUUGACGCGUGCGGUGCGACGCGCGGCAGAGCGGUUACUCGUUAUCGACGGCACACGCCUGCUGUCAGCUGAUGUGGCUGUCACGGAGGAUCUAGCACAAGUUCUAAAGGAGCUAGACGCUGCGAAGCGCCGCUACGUGUUGUGGAACUUCAGCCCGGCGCUGCAGCGCGCGUUGUGCGAGUUGCACCCCGCCGUGCGACGCAGCUUCGUCGCGGGGCCCAGCAUAGACUUGUUUAUACUAGGUAUGGAUUUUGACUAGCAUCUACCACCGAAGAGAUCAACUGAAGAAUUUAUAUUGUGAUAAAUAGAUAAACUAGUGAAUUUGUAGAUAGUAAGUCUGAAUUACUAGAGACGUAAGAGCUACACUCAAUGUGUAUUGUGUACCUACUUAAGUAGCCCUCAAUUUUGAGAAGUGUUCAAGAAUGCCGAAUGUCCGUGUAAACAUAUGAUUAUACGUUCCUUAUUUACUAUGUUCUAGUAUAAAGUAAAAAGAACGAAAUGGUACUCAGGAUUUGAUCCCCACUAUUUGACUUAAUAAAUAAAUACCAGUGCUUUUGUACUUACAUUCAUAAUUGCAAUAUAUACGCAAUUUUGUUUUAUAUUUUUUAUGUAAAUUAUAUUUAAAGCAUUCCAAAGUGUUUAUGAAACGUUAAUAAUUAUAACAUAUUGUAAGAAUAUAAUUGUUAAUGUUUAGUUUGGAGAGAUGAGUGUAAGUGAAAGUGAACAUAUUAUUUUUAUGAAUAGGGAAAAUGUAGAAGAAUUUGAAUUAUUACAACUUUGACGACUUUUAAUUUAUGUGAAUCUUUAGAUUAUAAUUUUAGACGAUCAUGUUGACUUGCCAAUACUAUAUAUUGAUGUAAGAAAUUGACUUAGUUUAUAAUAAUACGUAUGUUUUCUUUUAUCAGCGUUGUUAGCUAUAUUAUGUAGAUGUAUAACAAUAUUUUUGAUAUAAUUCAUUUUAUAAAUGUGCUGG